CCCGGAUAUCUUGCCCCGAGACCGGUGCUUACGCGGAGAACGACAGCCACCAACCUCCGUCUACGACAAAAUCUCAUCUCCGUCGGCCGACUCUCAAUCAGAACCAUCACGGUAAAGUUUAAUACCUUACUGUAUUAUUUUCAAGCGACCAUCUCUCGACUUUCAACGUUAUGGCUUCUCACAAGAUCCUUGUCCUUCCAGGCGACGGCGUUGGCCCCGAGAUCAUCGCAGAAGCUAUCAAGGUCCUUGACGUGAUCCAAAAUGCCUCUGGCGUGAAAUUUGAGAUCCGCUCAGAGUUGAUGGGAGGUUGCAGCAUUGACGAGCAUGGUGUAGCCCUGACCCAAGAGGUCCUAGAUGUGGCUAAAGCAAGCGAUGCUGUCUUGUUCGGGUCAGUCGGUGGACCCAAAUGGGGUGCUGGCAAAGUGCGACCUGAACAGGGUGUCCUAGCCUUGCGCCAUGGACUCAACGCCUUCGCAAACCUCCGUCCAUGCAAGUUUGCGAGCAAGUCUCUUGUUGACCGAGGUCCCAUCCGACCCGAGCUCACAGAGGGAACCGAUUUUGUCCUCGUGCGAGAGAACUGCGGGGGUGCUUAUUUCGGAGACAAGACUGAGGAGGAGGACUUUGCAUCGGACGCCUGGGCGUACUCCCGAGCAGAAGUUGAGCGGGUUGCAAAGGUCGCCGCCGACCUAGCCAUGGAGACGGACCCGCCUCAGCAAGUCAUCUCGUGCGACAAGGCCAAUGUUCUUGCGGUCAGUCGGCUUUGGCGGAGAGCCGUGACGGACUUUUUCGCGAGGGAGUAUCCGCAGAUCAAGCUCUCCCACCAGCUUGCCGAUAGCGCGGCCAUGCUUAUGGUUAAAGAUCCGCGCUCUUUCAACGGAGUGGUACUCAUGGACAACACGUUCGGCGAUAUCCUUUCAGAUGUGAGUAGCGUAGUCCCGGGAUCGCUGGGUCUGCUUCCAUCCGCGUCGAUCUCAAGCACCACCCCUGGCUCGGGGGGAUCGGCCUCUACGAGCCUAUCCACGGAAGCGCCCCCGAUAUUGCAGGCAAAGGUAAUAGAGCUCCGUGCCGAAUACUCCAAAGGUAUCGCCAACCCAGUCGCAACCAUUCUUGCGGCUGCAAUGAUGCUCAAGUACUCAUUCGGGAUGGCCGAUGAGGCAAAGGCCAUUAAUAGAGCCGUUGAGAAGGUCUUAGACUCCAAAGACAUCGGCGGCCAUGAGAUACGGACCGCUGACCUGGGUGGGAUUGCAACAACCGUUGAGAUUGGUGAUGCGAUCUGCAAACAGCUCGAAGGCCUGUUGAAGUAGAUUAUACCGUAUGACUUUAACAGAAAGAUAUGAUGCAGAAUGAAUGGGCCACUGAUGCAAGAACACGCCGAAGACGAGUGGUGAAGGACACCCCAAGUUGACUCAAAUGUUGAUGCGAAAAUCGAAGGAUACAUGCAAUCAUGGAAUCGACUAUGCAUGCCGUGUGAUGGCCUAAAAUCUAGCAUAAAUGACAUUCUGAAGAAAACACUAGGAACUUAUUGAUCUCGUCACGAGGACAUGAAUUCUGUUGACGCGGGGGGGAGGCGUGCCGGAGUGGCCACUUACCUUUACAUUCUGAUUGAGAGAUGCCUCCCGAUUUUGUUCGAGACAAAGGCUUUUUCCUUCUA